GGUCACUACUGCUUUAUCAUACUGACACAAAAACCUAAUGAUGACACUACUUUUCAACCGCUGUAGUUUUUUCAGCUCUGUAAUUGAAUUCAGUCUUCACUUUUUUCUCUUUACCCUCUUUACCCUUCCAUCUCAUUGUGGAUAGUCUCAAGAAAAGAGAAAGAUAAAGGAGAGGGUAAGGAGGGAAGGAAGGAAAAAAGAUAAAAGCGGCAAAGAAAGUGUAGGAAAGGGAAGGGAAAAGAUAAAAGUGGCAGAAAGUGUAAGAAAGGGAAGGAAACACAAAUAUAUGAGUUAAAACAGAAACAAAAGAGGUAAAUGGACAAUAUCACCUAUUCGUCUGUUCAACGUAAUUUUUUUUUUGUAUUUUAGAUAUCGCAAUAAUAAAGGAUUUAUUGAGCAUGUUCACGAAAGAAGAGGUGUUUAAUAUUUAGAGGUGUUUAAUAUUUUUUAAAUUUUAUAGGUUGAGAAUUGAGUCCAUCAAUUGUUCCUAUACUGAUAAAAAAAUCAGAGUUUGUCCGAGCAUUUUCUGACUGUAAGUCAUUGUUAGACCUUGUCUCAAUUGUUGUGCCAAUAGAUACUAGAGCGAAGGGGAACAUAUUUCAUAUUCCACUUCACAGUCCCCUGCUUCUUGCUCUUGUACUUCUCUCUUUAGACUUUCAUUUCACACAAGAGUAAUAGCAGUUCACUAUCCGUCCACAGUAAAUCUUUAGUUUACUAUCCAUAAAAUAAAUCCUUCCUCAUCAUGCGAUAAUCAACAUUCUAUGAUACUGUCGUCCUUCACUGUUGUGGUAGCAAAGAGGUUUAGAUGCUAGUGGGUCCUGAAGUAUAGCAUCUAAUUCAUUGAGUUUUAGUGUUUGUCCUUGGGAGAGGAUGUAUACUUUAGUCAGUUGCAUUCAGAGUACCCGGUGAGGGGCCUGAGACGUGAUUUUAAGCAAAGUGAAAAGUUGUUGUGGGAGUUGUGGGUGUCGUAUGGUAUGCCUCAUCACUGGAGGUAUCUCAUGCCCAGUAGAUUUGUUUCGACUGCAAGUCUCCCAUCAUCAUGACGAUCACAUUUUUGCUUUUAUUUGGAGUUCGAGUUUUGUUGUCUUUGUCUGUCUGGUUAUGUGCGAUAAAGCGACGUAGUAAGCUUUCAAUUGACUCUGGUAGGCCUUUUUGGACUUUCGUAGCUUGUUUUAUAUUGUCAUGCCAUCGAGUUGGGGUUUCACAAUCCUUGAGUUGUUUUAUGCUUGUUUUUUUCGUCUCGAACAAGUGGCUUGGGAACUGCACAAAUGCAAGUCAACCAAUAGACUUUGCUCUUUGCUUAGCCAUAUGAAGGGAUCUUGGAAGACUGAUUUUUUUUUCUUGCCUCAUCUGGUGAGUUUACUUUCGAAGGUAACACAGUAUCGCUCGACUGGGUUAAGGUGUUAUAGGAGGGUUUCAGGAUCCCAUGAUUGAUGAAGAUAUUGCUUUACAGCGUGACCAACUUCUUCAUGAAAAAUCCAUCGAUAUAAGCACUUAUGUGGCUUGAGCAUGCUUGUUUCUUGUUAUCUAUGGCAAUGGUACGUCUCAUUUUUCAAUACCUUCUUUUUAGGCGACCAAAUUGUUUAACUUAAGUCCUCUCUUGCAGACUACUCUCAUUUUAGACUUGUAGGAAAUGUAGAAUGGUGCAAGCAGCGUCUCUUUCGUUGUCGAGGUGUCAAUUCAAGAAAUAAAAAAAAUUCCUCACCUGGGCAAUCGAAGGUUCGUUAUGACCAAACAAAGAGAACUUGCUCUUGGAUGAGAGGAUCAGGAGAUUCACUUAUUGUGAACGAUUGCUCUGAGGGGAGAGUUAGAGAUGCCAAAAAAAAAAACUCAAUGGGUAGUAAGGGAACCUGAAGCAACGGGAAUGGUUGUCAAGGGAAAAUAAGGAUAUAAUCUUGGAUGGUAUGUCAUAACUUAUGAGACAACCUUUGUGAAGUGGGAAACACUAACCCGUCUUAGAGGAUGUAGCACAUUAUCGAUUUUUUAUUUUUCCUGUUUUAGAGGUGCUUUUACAUUCUUCCCUUUUUGUUAAUAGCUAGCGAUGUAUGUUGUUGCAAUGGAGUGUCGUUUAGCUAUGUCAGAGCUUCGGAUCAAUGAGGUACUAAAGGAGGCAACUCGCUCUUUGGAGAUGAUGACGAUCCAGAUGAAGAUAAGAGAGAUCACUUUGCUUCCAGGUCUUGUGAAUGGAAUUCAAAAAUGGUGGAAGCUCAGCAACAUGUUGAGGCAGUCACACGAGAGAUGUGUAUCUCAGAAGCAGUUGUGGAUUUCCUUCAUGAAGAAAUUGAGCGACUUCACGUUAGAAUGCAUGAGAAGAGGUUAAUCAGGAGGUAUUUACGGCCAGAGAACACUGAUUUACAGUGGGAGAACACCAACCUCUGAUCAGAGAAUAAUACUCUUUGUCAUCAACUACAGAUGACAAUUUUGGGAGUGCUGGAUAAUUUCUAUCGUGUGGCCAGGAGGUCGAUUUAAUAUAUGUAUCCUGUAAGAUAUUAAUUUGUGACAUUUAUCCCCGACAUAUUCCUCCACAAAAUUCAGAAUUUGGGUUGUCGACUCUACAGAUUCUGAAUGUGUAGACAACGUUGAUUCUGAACGUUGUGGAGGAAUGUGUAGAGAAGAAUUUCAUCAAAAUAUCUUACAGAAUACAUGUAGUAAAUUGUCUUCCUGGACAGACGAUGAACUUUUUUCAUCACUCCCGAAGUUGCUAUUUGUAGCUAAUGUCGAAUAGUAUUAUUCUCUUAUCAGAGGCUGGUAUUCUCCGACUAUGUUCAAUAUUCUACGACCGUAAAAACCUUCUGAUUAACUUCUCCUCGCGCAUCUUGGCGUGAAGUCGCUCAACUUCUUCGUAAAGGAAAGCCUCAGCUGCGUGUGAGGUACACAACUUUUGUGUGGCUUCCUCAACAUGCUGUUUAGCCUCCACCAUUUGGCAUUCCAUUCACAAGACGUGGAAGAAAAGUGUUCCUCUCUUGUUUACAUCAGGAUCUUUAUUCCUCCAAGUUGCCUCCUCUUGGGCCUCAGUAACCUGAAGCUCUGUCAUAACUAGGUGACAGUCCAUCGAAACAACAUAUCACGCCAGUUAUUAACAAAAGAGCAACGUCAAAAUUUCCUAUAUGAAUUGAAGACAAAAAAAAUAAAGGGACGAAUGUAAAAGCACCUUUCAAAAAGAAGAAGCAAACGUCGAUCUUGUGGCUACAUCCUCUAAGAUGGGGUAGUGUUUUCCCGCAUCACAAAGGCUGUCAUAAGUUAAGACACCAUCAUCAAAGAUUAUAUCUUUUUUUUCUUUUGACAACUCUCCCUUGUUUCAGGGUUCCUUUACCGCUCAUUGGGCUUUUUUCUUUGGCUUCUCUAGCUCUCCCCUCAUAGAAACCCUUUCUAGUAGGUGAAAUUUCUGAUCCUCUCAUCUCGGAGCGAAUUCUCUUCGUUUGGUCAUGACGAACCCUCAACCACCCGUGCGGGAAAUUUUAUUGUAUUUCAUGAAUUGACACCCCGAUAUACAAAGUAAACGCUGCUUGCACCAUUCUACCCUUCAUACAAGUCUGAAAGUGGGAGUAGCUUCAAGGGAGGACUAAAGUUAGGCACCUUGGUCACAUUAGAAGGAAAUAUGCAAAAAGAGACGUACCCUUGCCAUAGAUAGCAAGAAACAAGUGUGCUCAAGCCCCAAACGUGCUAAAUCUAUGAGUUUCUCAUGGAGAAGUCGGUCAUGCUGUAAAGCAAUAUCUCCCUCAAUCACGGGAUCCUGAAACCCUCAUGUAACACCUUCAACCUAGUCGGUUGGUAUUGUUUACCCUCGGAAGUAAACUGACCAGGCGAGGAAAGAAAAUAAAAGAAGUAAGUCUCCCAAGAUCCCUUCUGAUGGCUAAGCGAAGUGCAAAUGUUAUUGGUUGAUUUGCGUUUGUGCAGUUUCCAAGCCACUCGGUCGUGAUGAAAUAAAAAGCAAGCAUAAAACAACUCAGAGAAUGGUGGAACUUCAUCUCGACGACAUGACAAGAUAAAGUAAGCGAUGAAAGUCCAAAAAAGGACUAACAUAGUCAAUUGAAAGCUUACUACGCCACAUUACCGCACACAACCAGACAAGCACUGACAAUCAAAACUCGUACUCCAGAGAAGAGCGAAAAAGGGUAUGACAUACCUCCAGUAAUGAGGCAUAUCGUACGACACCAACAACUCCCGCAAUCAUUUUUUCUUUGCGUAAAACCACGUCCCAAACCCCCACCGAGUACUCUGAAUGCAUCUGACCAAAAGGGUACAUCACCUCCCAAUGACAUACAUUAUAACUCGAUAGAUUAGAUGCCAUAUUCUGGGACCUACUAGCAUGUGGACCUCUUGCUACUAGAAAGUGGAGGGCGACGGUAAUGUUGAUUAUUGCAUGAUGAGGAAGGUAAAUUUGACAUUUUUAUGAAAGGUCAAAUGAGAAUUUACUUUAUGAAUAGUAAAGUAAGGAUUUACUGUGGAUGGAUAGUGAACUACUAUUGCUCUUGUGAUAAAUGGAAGUCUGAAAGGAGAAGUAUGGGAGUAGGAAGCUGUAAAAUGGAAAUGAACUAUGUUCCCCUUCACUCUACUAUUUAUAGACACAAUACUUGGGAUAGGGUCUAACAUCGACUUACGGUUAGAAAAUGUUUGGACGAACUCUAAAUUUUUCUAUCCAUAAGGGGACAAUUGAUGGACCCAAUUCUCAACCAAUAAAAUUUAAAAAUAUUAAACACCUCUUUUUUGGUUUAACACACUAGAUAAAUCCUUAAUUAUUGGAUAUCUAUUAUACCCGAAAAUUUAUGUUGAACAGUCAAAUACAUCAUAUUCCCCAUUUACCUCUUUUAUUUAUUUUUUCUAACUUAUGUUUGUUCUAUAAAAAAGCUCAUGUGUUUGUUUUUUCUUCACUUUCUUAUACCUUUCCUAACUCUCUCCUUUGUCCUUUUUUCUUUCCCUAAUCAUCCAUUUUGUCCUUUUACAUUCCUUUACUUUCUCCUUCCUUCCCACGUAUUCUCCCUUCCCUUCUCUAUUUCUUUUCUUUUACUAUUUUUUGUCUCUCUCUUAACCAUGCACGGAGAAAGAUACACGAACACUUUCUCCUCCUUUACUUCUCUUCCCUUCAUUGGUUUAUGUCGCAACCGUCCCUCGAAAUCAGAGGAUUCAUCAUGAAUUGCUCGGAGUCGCCAUUCAUCUAAGUUGUAGUGGAUCGAACACUAUUUUGUCCGAUUUCAACCUUAGGGUCAGAACCGGGACCUAGUCUGCGAAUUAAGAGAAUUCUAGGUUCGGGAGUACGGUUACGUGUGGAGAAGUGUAUUUACACCCAACAACGCCCAAAAAUUGGUACUAUUUAAAUCGAUAAGUUUUUAAGGGUUGGAUGUAUUAUUAUUUUAUUUACGUAGUUAAUUAUAAGAUUCGAUUAAUUAGGUAUUAUUAUUUAAAAUUGAUCAUACGGCUAUUGACAUAAUUCUCCAAAGUAAAGAAAGAGUUUUUGGUGAGUUGGAUUCGAACCUGUUGGUUGCCUACGUGCCCGAGUAGUCAGGAUCAAAGUCCACGUAGUUUGGUUAUUUUGAACGACUUUGAAAGAGGAAACCUAACACGUUCUAUUGAUCAUGUUCAAGGUUUAAGAUCGAGUCUUUGAGAAAAUAAUUCUUAUAUUUUGAUUUGGUAAUCGAACAAUAAAUAAUUUUAAUGAGUGUGGUAGCUUAUUAAGUUGUUGAAAUAUAAAAAGAAAAGGUGCAUUUAUUUAUUUCGUUUUAAGUCAAGUAGCCUAUUGGCUAAACGUGUUGACUGGACUUGUUAAGGAGUCGGGUUGCACGGGUUUGAGACCCGCAAUAGUUGAUUUUAAAUUUUCGUAAGAGGGAAAGACUAGAGAUGGCAAUGGGUCGGGUCGGGGACGGAUAGUGCAUAUCCGUUACCCUACCCAAAGUAGUUCGGGUUUUACCCAUACCCAUACCCACAUAUGAAACGGGUAGAAAAUUAAAACCAUGCCCAUACCCGUUCGGGUUGUAUCCACGGUUAUCCAUGGGUAAUGAUUUCUCUUCAUAACUCCAACUAAUAUAUUAACAUUCACACGUAUUCUCACAUUACGCAACAGGAAAAGUAUGAUAAUAAUUCACUAGAAUGAAGAAAAUUAAUUAAAACAACACAAUUUCAUGAAAAUAUUAUAUUUAUAUGCUAAAUAUAAAAUAUGUUAGAGAAAAAUAAUGACUAUUCUAGACAAAAUACAUAUGUAUGUGUAUAAUCGGGCGGGUUCGGGUUGGAUACUGAGAAACCCAUGCCCACCCAUUACCCGCAGUAUUCGGGUUCGGGUUUUACCCGUACCCAAUGGCAGCGGGUUAUUUUAAAAGGGACAAGGGGUAUGUUAGUCAUUUUAAGGGUAUAUAGACCCUUGUACCAUCAAACCCUAGUUACCGUCGUCAUCCCUUCCUUCUCCCGGUCUUUCGAGCAACAAAGAAAAGAAACAGGACGAAAACCUCAUACUCUCUCCCAAUCUCCCAUUCUCUCAGAUUUUCUCUCCCUCGCCCAUACCCUAAUCAACAACCACGGCGAAGGAAAAGGAUAAAUCCUCCCUUAUUCGUUGUCAACCUUUCUCCUCUUCCUCGACACCCUCGAUCUAACCUCUCUCACUCUCUUUCUGGUAACCGUGAGAAGAAAGGAAAAACGGCAAAAGUGGUGAGAAUGACGGCGAUAGACACCAUUGACAACACCAGCAAGGGUGACGGCGGUAAGGUCAUUUUUAUUCACAUGCAUGUCGAUUUUAGGGGGUUUGAUAAUGAUUUUCUUUGGGUUUGGAGGUUCUGACUCUCUUCCUUUCUGGUAUCGACGAGGAGAAAGAAGACAAAGGAGCAGAAGGCGGCGGCGAAGUUGAGAGUGACGGCGAUUGGCGCUAGUGAAGACGACGACGAGGUGAGAGAUGACUUUUUGGCUUGCAACUCGAGUUUAGGAUUCAAUUUGGUCAUUUGGGUUCUGAUUGUAACUGUAUAGUCUCGUUUAGUAUUUGUAUUUGUAAUGUAAUUAUAUUAUAUAUAUAUAUAUAUAUAUCAAUGGGUCAGACUGAUUGUAACUGUAUACUAUUCAGGUACUUCUAGUGAGAUAUCUCUAUCUAGACCAUGAAUUAAACCGAGUUUGGGGUAUGAUACAAUACCCUAACCUCUAAUGGAUAAACCCCAGGCUCGGGUUCCCUAAACCCAAACCCGAAGUUCAAUUUAAUUGAAAAUACUAAUUGACCGUUGAGAUUGGUCGGAGCUUAGAAAAGGAGAUCUAACGGUCAUAUCACGUGGAGUAUACCAGUGAUAACCAUAAGAUGCUCUAUUUUUAUGUAGUUAUCCUUUCUUUAAUGGUUCAAAAUCAAGGUAUAGUGCUCACCUGACCCAAAGUUUUAAAAGCGAAUUCCACAAUUCAUCUAACCGAAGCAUGUCUAUCAGUUGUACCAAUUAAGACUUGCUAUUUCUAAUCUCAUUGGUCCAAAUGGUACCAACUAAGAUUUGAUAUUGCUAAUAUCAUUGAGUUAUGAUAAACAAGACCUUCCCGGACGCUAUAAAUACAUCUUUAGUUA